AUGAUGUACACGCGCGAUCUUCAAGAAAAAAACUUAACGCCAAAGGAACCUUUCGAGCCCGUUGGCGUCAUCGGCAUAGACGACAUAAUAGUAGACCAAAUAGAUCGGUCCGUCAGCCUCAUCCACCCGAGAGAAAAAUUCUGCCACCCAGCUUACAGCGCUGCUGGUAACGGUAACGAUAUAUGCUUGUUGAAACUGAAUGAUACCCUCACGUUUGGAGACAAGGUGGCUAAGAUCACGCUGCCUGAAGCUGAUUUGGUAGUUAAUGCUGGGACCCUGCUGAAUGUUACUGGGUGGGGAAGGACUGAAGUAUGGCCUAAAACUAUAGUAGAGGCUUCAGCUAUAUCGUACCUUCGGCAAGUGUCGGUACCUCUGAUGUCGGAUGCAACCUGUAAGGCGAAUUAUCCUGCUGUGGACACUGACAUACAGAUUUGUGCGGGGGCUACCGGUCUAGACGCGUGCCAGGGUGACAGCGGAGGUCCCUUGACCUUGGUAUUAGUUGUGUGCACGUGCAGAUCGGUGUGGUGUCCUACGGGCGUCGCUGCGGAACAGCGAGUGGAGGAGUCUACACCAAGUCAUCCUCUUAGCUACAUGCCUCGAUCUAAAGGGUCAUUGACAUCCAUGAGGUCACUGAUCUUGGGUAGCGUGCAGAUCGGCGUGGUGUCCUACGGGCGUCGCUGCGGAACAUCUAGCGGAGGAGUCUACGCCAAGGUCACCAGCUAUCUGGACUGGAUCCACGAUACUAUCAACAACAACCUUUAG